AUUUUCAAGUCUUCCGCAGCAGAAUAAUCAAAACAAUGCGAGAUCGGAACUUCUUGGCAUCAUAAAUUUGAAUCCAAAUUGGGUACGGAUCUACGAGAACUCGAGCUACUUAGCACAUCUGAAUGCUCACGAGAUGUCUGCAGAAACUACCGCUGACGUAUGGGAUCAUAAAAUAUGAAUAAGCAGACAUUGGCUUUGGGCCAAAGAUUAACGGAAAUGAAUGACUUUACCGAAUCGGCGUGACGUGACCUGUUAUCAAGCAAGAACCCCAAGCCCUAGCUAGCAUCAGAUCCCCAGCCACAUCCACUGAAGUCAGAUACACAGCAGACACAAAAGAUGGAGGCAACGAUUAUUGGCAUUUGGUUAUGCUUAUUAGAUUUUUCGGUUCGUAUUCGCUUUGCCCCUCCACUCCACUGCUUUCCUCAUAUAUAUACUGAAAACACACGCUCGCCGGAUUGGCAGUACGGUGGCUAACUUUGAACCUCGCAGACGUCUUUCGUUCGGACUCAGAUCGGCCAGUGGCAGAUCGUUUAGCGCAGAUAAACAUCGAAAUUAAUCAAUUUGAUUGGGGAUUGAGCGUGUGUGAUUGUGCCGUGUGCGAAAACAUAAAACAAAGGGAAAUAUGCGAUAUUUUAUCAUAGCCCUGCUUGGGCUGGCCCUUCUUUGGGCCGAAUUGGAUGCCAAGCUGGUGCGGAUACGCCGCAUUCGUCGGCUGGUGGGCUCCAGCGAGCGAGACGCCCAGAUUACGGAUUACCGGGUCUCGCCGCUGGACGAGCAGGGCGUGUUCAAGUACGCGUUCAAGACCAGCAAUGGCAUUGAUGUCCAGGCGGCAGGCACUGCCCUGGAGACCAUUGGCAUCUACACGUACAUCUCGCCCGAGGGCCAGACCAUCGAAACGCGCUACAUAGCCGAUGAGCUGGGCUUCCAUGUGGUGGGCCGACACCUGCCACAGCCGCCGCCCAUUCCAGACUACAUCCUGCGAUCCCUCGAAUACAUUCGCACCCACACGGAGGAUGGCAAGCUGAAGCCGAAUGUGUUCUAGAGUUCCUGCAUACCACAUCCACAUCCACUACAUGGAAACUAGUGUCCAAGAAGAAGGCUGAUCAUACCACCAUAGCAUGUAGUAGUAAUAAUCCCAAAACAAACGAACUAACUAUAGUAUAAUCCAGCACUAGGCGUAGGCUAAGUUGUUGCUAGAUCUUGUAAGCCAUCCAAAAACUGCGCAAAUGUUUUGUCUGUUCUGUCUGUUCUGUCGCUCCGCUCGGGGUAUAAAUCAACUCAUCCAUUGAUUCUUCCGCACCCAACCCAUGCCAUAAUUUAUUGUGUUUACACCCAAAACGAGCAAACAAAGCCAAGCCCAAAUAUGAUACUUGAUGUCCGCAUAGAAUGACCCUAACGAAUUCUAUAUUCUUUUUUUUGUUGUGCUAUCUGCAAACAUCUUUAUCUAAUUUAUCUCCGCGUCUGAUUAUUAAUAUUUAUGUCUAUUCUCAGAUGUCUGAAUUUUGAAAACUGGAUGGAAAUAGAAUGCGAUUCUAUUUGGAUAGCUUUCGAUAACUUGAUAAUAGGCGGGAUUUUCUUUCCGGGUAACAACCUCGCUACUCUCCUCUCUCAACCAGAGGGCCAGAGAAACAUUUGCCAUGUGUUGAAACAAGUUCGGCGGGUUCGAAUUUAAAUAAUAUUCACAAAAUAACUCUUAAGCGAUCCAAAUAAA